UAGUUAGAAUCGAUCAUUUCAUUAAUACAAGUCGACAUAAAUAUGUGAAAAUGUAUUUUAAAUUAAUUAAUAUUUUUAUUUUACUCGUAUUAGGUGUAAGUCUAACAGUGUGUGAUGAUAAACCUGUGGUAGAAACUACAAAUGGACCAAUAUCGGGAAAAGUUUUGAAGACGCUAAUAAAAAAUGUGGAUUAUUAUGGAUUUAUGGGAAUUCCAUAUGCAAAGCCACCCGUUGGAGAUCUACGAUUUUUGGCACCUCAACCCGUCGACCCUUGGGACGACACGCUGACGGCUACUAAGGAAAAACGUGCUUGCAUUCAAUUCAACAACGACGUGAAGAAAGGACAGCCUUUAGGGUGGUAUGGACUCGAAGAUUGCCUAUACCUAGAUAUAUUCACGCCAGCUAUAGACAAAAAGGAACGAGCAGUAAUCAUAUUCAUAAACAACGACCAUUUCCAAAAUUCUUAUAAUAAAACUAAGGAUUAUGCUCCAGACUUCUUUCUAGAAGAAGAUGUUGUGGUAGUUACUAUAAGCCAUCGGUUAGCUGCUAUGGGAUUUCUGUCAUUAGAAAAUGAACUUUUGCCUGGCAAUUCAGGUUUGAAAGAUAUAGUUGAGGGUUUAGAGUGGGUUAGAGAUAACAUAGAACAGUUUGGUGGUGAUUCGAAUAGGAUCACUCUUAUGGGACUGCAAGGUGGAGCGGCUGCUGUUGAUUUACUCAUUCAUUCAAAAGCCAAAGAUCUUUUCAGUGGAGCCAUACUACAGAGUGGUACAUCUUGGAUUUCAGCUUAUUUGCAAGAAAAAGUGAGAGACAGAGCAUUUAAACUUGGAGAGAUGAUGAAUAUAACUACAAGUAAUGAUAUUAAACUUAUUAAAGAUUUACAAGGAAUUUCUGCACCUGAUAUACUGUCAAGAGAUGUGCAUGCGAGUCCUAGCGAUUAUUUCAAAGAAACACAGAGAAGUGUCGUAGCAUUUGGUCCAAUAGUUGAAGAUCAUCCAGAUGGACUGGUUACACAAUACCCAGAAGAUUCAACAGAAAAGAUUGAUAUACCUAUCAUGAUAGGUUCUAAUUCUAGAGAAGGCUUAGAGUCUAUGUUACAGUACCUUUUAGAACCAAGAUACAUAAGUUUCCUCAAAAAGGAUUUUCCAGUUUUACUGCCUAGGCGGUUGAAAUUCCAAUUUAAUCCUUUAAAAGAUGUGUACGAUGAAGCCGCUCAAGAAAUCAGAGAUCUUUAUUUCAAGGAUGGUGAGGUAACAAUGAAGAGUGUUCCUGAUCUAAUUACGUAUAUGGGCGACGCAACAACCAAUUAUGCUGUAGAUUAUACUGCAAGAGUAUAUUCUGAAAGAUCUGUAAAACCAGUUUACUAUUACCAUUUUGAUUAUAUAAGCAAGCUAAAUGAAAAUAAGCACAAUUUAAUGAAACACUCAACAAUAGAAGACGGUACUUGGGGAACAGCUACUGGAGAUGAAAUGUGUUACCUUUUUAAAUGUCCUAGUCUAGUAAAAGAAUAUUUGAAAAUUGAAAAUACGGGAGCUGAGGAGAGAGUAAUGCAAAAGAAAAUGAUCAAACUGUGGACGAAUUUUGCUAAAUACGGGAACCCAACGCCAGAUAACGACGAAGUACUAGCCGGCCUGAAAUGGCCUUCAUAUACCUUAGAAUCGAAGGAGUAUCUCCUCAUAGACAACCAGAUGGAAAUACAGAAAGAUUUGUACAAAAAACGUUUUAAUUUCUGGAACCAAUUUAUUGAAAAAUGGGAGAAAUUAGCGGUCAAUGGUAUUGUAUCUGAAUCUGGUAAUAAAAAAGAUGAGUUAUAAAA